UCCGUUGGACCGUUUGCCAGUGCCCGACUCUCAUCUAACUCAUAAAUCCAUCUUAAAUGCAAGAAAAAGCCAAGCUUUAAUUUGUCCAUUUUUAGCAAUACUUGUUUUGCCACUUGGUGCCACGCUCGAUGACUUUAUUUUUAGCAGUACUGAGGUAGUACGGC